AUGAAAAGAUAUUCUUUCCCUUAUAAUUUUUCCCUAAAAAACGCCACAAACAGUAAUUUACGUUUCUUUCAAUUUCUCUCCACAUUUUUGUUAGAUCCUCCCACAAAUCUGCUUCCUCUACAUUCACGAAAUCGCGAUGAAUAUCGAGUGAGAAUUAUCAGCACAGUCUGUCCGACAUUGGACACACCUCCGGAGGUGUGUCCCGUCAAUGCGGGGAUAGCGACUCUACCGUUCAGCGAGCAGUAUGUGACCAAAUUGCUGAGUUCAGUUCACACAGUCCACUAUGUGCGGUUCAACUUCACGGACACGAACUAUGCCAUUUCCGGUGCUCGCAUCGAAACGACGCUAGAUGGUCGGGCUUUCACCCAUGUGGAGAAUGUGAGACCACAGAAUAACACUUUGUCACUGUCCAAUCAGACCGCAGGUUUCAAAUAUCACGCUAUGAUCCAAUUUUGUUAA